GAGAGAAUAAAAGCAGCGGCAGUGGGCAGAGGCGAGAGGGCACUCGACUCCUCCAGCGUCCAACGCCAUCCAUCCCGACCUCGCAACGCAAGCAAAGAAAGCCCAGGCAGGCGUGUGCACGGCGCGGCGGGGCAACCAAGGGUGGGUGAACCCGCAGAGAGGGGCAGCUAGCUUCCUUCCUUCCCAGGCGCGCGGGAGAGAUUAGCCGCAGUAUAAGUAGCCAGCCAGCCAGCCAUGUCGUCGGUGUCGUCGUCGCUGACCAACUUCCUGCUCUGCUGCUUCUACCCGUCAUCCGCCGGCCACCACCGCGGCGGCGCCUACUACUACAGCAGCCACCCGACGAGCGCCAGCACCCUGCACUACCACGAGGGCACCUUCGCCGGGCGCAGGGCCAUGGGCCGGAGCAGCAGGCCGCUGUCGCUGCAGACGGUGGAGCUGAAGGUGCGCAUGUGCUGCUCGGGCUGCGAGCGCGUGGUGAAGCACGCGGUGACGAGGCUGCGCGGGGUGGACUCCGUGGAGGUGGACGUGGAGAUGGAGAAGGUGACGGUGACGGGGUACGUGGACCGCCACCGGGUGCUCAAGGAGGUCCGGCGCGCGGGGAAGAAGGCGGAGUUCUGGCCCAACCCGGACCUGCCGAUGCACUUCACCUGCGCCAAGGACUACUUCCACGACGAGGAGUCGUACCGCCGCACCUACAACUACUACCGCCACGGCUACAACGGCGACAAGCACGGACAGCUCCACGAGCCCCACCGCGGCGCCGACCCCGUCAGCAACAUGUUCAACGACGACGACGUCAACGCCUGCUCCGUCAUGUGAUCUCAGUCGCGCUCUCGUCGUCGACAGGCGGUGUGUGUGUGUGUGUAUGUGCUCGUCAGCUCGUGCGCGUGUAACAGAACCGUACCAAAUGGAUGGAUGAGUAGUAGCAAUGCAAUCGACAACGGGC